AUGGGUCUGUUCCUUCACAUGUUGACGGUACUGUUAGUAAUUAUGAUGGUUUCCUUGCAAGGAUGGCUGCCUCUUGGUUGCUUGGAUGAAGAGAGAAUCGCUCUCUUGCAGCUCAAAGAUACUCUUAAUUAUCCCAAUGGCACCUCCCUUCCCUCCUGGAUAAAAGCUGACGCCCACUGUUGUUCUUGGGAACGUAUUGAGUGCAGCAGAAGUACAGGUCGAGUCAUCGCACUCCAUCUUGAGGAAACAAGGAAUGAGGAAAUGGGAGAUUGGUACCUAAAUACCUCCUUGUUUCUUCCUUUUCAGCAACUCAACAUUCUCGAGUUGUGGGGUAAUCGUAUAGCUGGUUGGGUUGAGAAGAAAGGUCCAAGCAACUUGACUACUCUAUUCCUGUAUAAUAUCACAACCUAUAAAAGUAGCUUUCAGUUACUGCAAUCAUUAGCAACAUUCCCAAACCUCACGACACUUUAUCUGAGCUACAACGAUUUUAGAGGAAGAAUAUUAGGUGAUGAUUUGCAAAAUUUAAGCUCAUUGGAAAGUUUGUAUCUGGACCGUUGUUCUCUAGAUGAACACUCCCUUCAGAGCCUUAGAGCACUGCCUUCUCUAAAAAAUCUGUCAUUGCAAGCACUCAGUGGAAGUGUACCUUCUGGAGGCCUAUGUGGCUUAAAUCAUCUCCAAGAGCUAUAUAUGGAUGACAAUGAUCUCAGUGGUUUCUUGCCUCCGUGUCUGGCAAAUUUGACUUCCCUUCAACAACUAGAUCUUUCUUUCAAUCACUUGAAGAUCCCUAUGUCAUUGAGCCCAUUAUACAACCUUUCAAAACUCAAGUAUUUUGAUGGUUUAGAUAAUGAAAUAUACGCAGAAGAAGAUGAUCAUAGUCUGAGCCCAAAGUUCCAGUUAGAGUCCAUCUUUUUGAGCAGUCAUGGGCAAGGUGCAGUAGCAUUUCCCAAGUUCCUUUACCAUCAGUUCAGCCUGCAAUCUUUGGCUCUUACAAACAUCCAAAUAAAGGGAGAGUUUCCAAAUUGGUUGAUUGAGAACAACACAUACCUACAUGAUCUUUCUUUAAAAAAUUGUUCUCUUUCAGGUCCAUUCUUGUUACCAAAGAAUUCUCAUGUGAAUUUGUCAUUCCUAAGUAUAUCUAUGAAUUACUUCCAAGGCCAAAUCCCUUCAGAAAUUGGAGCUCGUUUGCCAGGGUUAGAAGCUUUAUUUAUGUCUGACAAUGGUUUCAAUGGAAGCAUUCCUUUCUCGUUGGGUAACAUUAGCUCGUUGGAAGUGUUAGACCUAUCCAACAACAGUUUGCAAGGGCAGAUCCCUGGAUGGAUAGGGAAUAUGUCUUCUCUUGAAUUCUUGGAUUUAUCAGAGAACAAUUUCUUUGGUCGUUUACCACCUAGAUUCGACACUUCUUUAAAUUUGAGAUAUGUUUAUUUGUCUAGAAAUGAGUUGCAAGGACCAAUCGCAAUGACAUUUUAUAACUCCUCUAAGAUAUUUGCACUAGAUCUUUCCCAUAAUAAUUUAACUGGUAGUAUUCCAAAAUGGAUUGACAGACUAUACAACUUGAGAUUUCUACUCUUGAGUUAUAAUAAUCUUGAAGGUGAAAUCCCAAUUCAAUUAUGCAGGUUGGACCAAUUAACCUUGAUUGAUCUAUCUCACAACCAUCUGUCUGGAGAGAUUCCUCCUGAAAUUGGAAACCUCAGCAUGAUCAAGGUACUGAACCUUUCACACAACAGUUUAACCGGACCAAUUCCACCAACAUUUUCGAACUUAAAAGAAAUAGAGAGCUUAGAUCUUUCCUAUAACAAACUGGAUGGAGAAAUCCCACCUCAACUUAUUGAACUAUUUUCUCUAGAGUUUUUCAGUGUGGCACACAAUAAUCUGUCUGGUAAGACUCUUGCGAGAGUUGCACAGUUUGCCACGUUUGAGGAGAGCUGCUACAAGGACAACCCUUUUCUUUGUGGAGAACCGCUACCCAAGAUUUGCGGUGUGGCUAUGCCACCAUCACCAACGCCAACUUCAACGAACAAUGAAGAUGAUGGUGGCUUCAUGGAUAUGGAGGUUUUUUAUGUGACCUUUGGGGUUGCAUACAUCAUGGUGAUGCUGGUGAUAGGUGCAGUUCUUUACAUAAAUUCAUAUUGGCGACGAGCUUGGUUUCACUUUAUUGAGGUGAGCAUCAACAAUUGCUAUUAUUUUCUAGUGGACAAUCUUCCCAUUUUAUCUAGGUUUUGA